AUUACCUCGACGAAGUACCGCCUACUGACAUUUGUCCCACUCAGCCUAUGGGAGCAAUUCCAACGCGUUGCAAACUUAUGGUUCCUCCUUGUCAGUAUCUGCCAGAUGCUCCCCUCCGACUUGAGUCCGACUUCCGAGUGGGCCACCAUUGCGCCUCUGGUAUUCGUCCUCAGUUUGACGAUGAUCAAAGAUGCGAUAGAGGACUAUCGCC